GCCCCCAUUUAAUGUUGUGACGUCGUGAAGGAAUAUGGCGCUUCGGAGGAGAUGAGUUUCCCGAUAGUCCGGUUUGACUUAUUCCUCUCAGCUAGCGUUUUCUCGUGAAACGCCAAGCGGCACCCACUAAAUAUGACGGGGCGACGAGCGUGUUCGCACCUUUUAUCCUCACGGGCACCGGAAACGGGCGUUUUGUAGCCGCGUUUGCGGUCGUUAGCUUAGACUGUUGCUAGCCGAAGCUAAGUGGCUAAAGAGCGACAGAAUGCUUGUUUGUGCCAUCAACAUCAACGUUCGCUUGUUAACUAAUGACUGAAACACGACUUCAAGUGGUACCGGGGCAUCAGUUGUUGACCACCACGAUUCCCAACAUCUAGCGGCGUGUUUGGAAGCUAAACUGGGAGAAUGAAGAGCUGUCAUGGAUGUGUUUUGCUGCUGCUCAACGCGAUCUUGCUGUGGGCAUGCUGGCCGGCUCAAGGGGCUCCUCUUCACUACCAACAGAGCACAGACAGCGGCACGGGGGACCCGUUUUACGUGUCUCUCUACUUGUCGCUGACGGUGCUGGUGGCCGUGGUGGUGCUGCUGGUGAACUGUGUGAGCUGCUGCAAGGAGAGGGAGAUCAACUUCAAGGAAUUCGAAGACCACUUUGACGAUGAGCUCGACUUCACGCCGCCAGCUGAGGACACGCCGUCUAUGCAGUUGCCGGCUGAGGUGUAUACCCUCGCCGUCUCCCCCGUGGCCUUGCCCGGACCUCUGCAUCUUCAACCUCCAGCACCCAUCGCAGAGGGAUCCGCAGGCUUCCAGGUUGCCCGUCAUAAUUUGAGUUACAUUCAGGAGGUCGGCAACGGAUGGUUUGGCCAGGUGAUCCUGAGUGAAAUCUACACGGAUCCCGGUGGCGCCAGAGUGAUAGUGAAGGAGUUAAAAGCAAACGCAAACGCCAAGGAGCAGAAUGACUUCUUGCAGCAGGGGGACCCUUAUCGAGUAUUGCAGCACCCAAAUGUCCUCCGGUGCCUUGGACAGUGUGUCGAAGCGAUUCCCUUUCUACUUGUUUUUGAGUACUGUGAAAUGGGGGAUUUGCGAGGCUAUCUGUCUCUGCAGGACUGGACGUUCAGAAGCACCGAGAUACUGCAGCUGCAAAGGAUGGCCUGCGAAAUCGCCGCUGGGCUCACUCACCUUCACAAAUACAACUUCCUGCACAGUGACUUAGCUCUGAGGAACUGCUACCUGACGGCAGAUCUUACUGUGAAAGUCGGAGACUAUGGCAUUGGGCCCUCUGCGUAUAAGGAGGAUUAUAUCAUCACAGAGGACGAUGUGUUUGCGCCCCUUCGCUGGUUGGCUCCUGAAUUGGUGGGCGAGCGCCACGGGGGGGUGAUCGCUUUGGAGCAUACCAAGUCCAGCAAUGUUUGGUCCUUGGGGGUCACUUUGUGGGAGCUUUUCGAGAACGCUGGUCAACCAUAUCCGCAUCUAUCUGACCGGGAGGUUCUCAAUCAUGUGAUCAAGGAGCAACAAGUCAAACUCUUCAAGCCGCAACUGGAGCUUCCUUAUUCGGAGAGAUGGUACGAGGUCCUGCAGUUCUGCUGGCUUUCCCCUGACAAGCGUGCCACAGCCGAGGAAGUUCACCGUUUACUCAUCUACUUGCGCAUGCAAAGCCAAAGGGACAUUGAAGAAGACUUUGAGCAGCGCUGGGACGCUCUGAAGCCGAGCGUUUCCACGCGCCAGACCACUGUGAGCCACUCCUCCUUCCCCAUCCUGGAGCAGUUUGCUGACGACGCCCUGCAGCAGGACAUCGAUGAGGUCCUGACCGUGACCGAAACGAGCAAAGGUCUCAGUUUUGAAUACAUCUGGGAGGCAGCCAAGCAGGACCACUAUGACGGCAGCCAUUCGCACCCAGGCACGGAUACAACGGUGAACUACCACAGCAUGUUCUUUCCUGUCUCCACUGAAGACAUCCACGCUCAUUUCCCAGAUCCUAUCGCCAGAUCGGCGGCCACUGGUGGCGGAAACGCUCUGUCCGGAAUACCCGGGAUCGUGCCGGUAUUCGAUGCCCGGACGCCUGCUAACGGGGACGGGUAUUACAUCCAACUUGAGGAUCAGGCAGGAGAAAGCCCUCUCGGAGAAGACGGCGCUCAACGGACAGGCUUCACUUCAAGCCAACAAGACUUUGUGGUUCUUCAAGAUGUUCGUUUGGAUGAAUCCAGCACAGACGCCGACUUUUUCCACCACAGUAUCGACUCCAAGGAUUCUUAUUUGCCUGACAGUCACAUCUGGUCAUCGCUCGAAAACGACAGUCCUUACCACCCAAACAUUUUCACCGAGGGAGAGUCUAAGCAGGAGGACUCUGUGUCUUGGAGACAGGAUUUUGUGGAGCUGCCAGAUCGCAACGGGAACCCUUUUUGCGUCAAUACUCCGUUGGAUUUACGAGACGUCAAUGCAAGGGAUUCUUUUUUCAACGGUUGUUCCGAAGCCACUCGCCGGACUGUGGAGGAGGCCAGUGCCGAGACAAAGAGGCUUCUGAACACUGAAAAACUGUCAGAGAAUGUGAUAUUUCUCAAGGGACAGGAUCUGAUGAAAGAAGACGCACGGUUUCUAAAUUCACAGCUGAAUUUUCUAUCGCCUGGUGUUGUCCAUGAACCAGAGGAAAACUUCAAAAUGGCUUCUUGGGAAAACCUGGACAUUCACGGCAGCUUAAACACAGCAGAUUCUUAUUUAAAACCCGCAUGGAGUAGCACAUCCCCAACACGAGGGACUUUAGACUCAUCAAGCACCAACUUUGGGGUACAUAAUCCGUUCCGGGUCCAAACUGAAACACCGGUGCCUUCCAUUACGGUUUUCUCAGAAGACGACGUAAGCAACCCGCUGCCAGCAAGGAACCGUUCUUCCACUGAGGACCUCACUCUGCUCCAACCGUCAGACCGAGGCGUAGACUCUGAUUUCCAUUCUUCCUCGGGGACAUUGGAGGUUCUCCGGAGUCAGACGGAGGAUCAGAUGACCGCAUUCUCUGAAAACGCCACCACAGAGGUGUCGUAUACCGACGCCAAUCUCCCCAGCCUUGACCUUGACAUCGACAACUCAAACACGAGCGCUCCACAACUCCCGGCAAGUCAAAUACCCGAAAAACUGCAUCUCCAAGCCUCGCUUUCAGACAGCGGACACAUUGACGAUCUGAUAAGCAGCGAUCUGUUGAGUGAACUCAAUGAGGAUGCCGAUUUCGAAAUUGAAACCAAUCUGUCUGACCAGGAAGAAUUAUUUACAGACACCAACGGACCAUCUCUCGGGAGAUCCUCUCUGUUGGUCUCCGGGCCUUCGUUGGACCAGAUUAGCCAAGACAGUUUGCUCGAGGACAGCAUGUCUGCCACGCUACCGACUGCAGACCACUCGGCUGAGACGCCAGACUCUUUAGACUCUUUGGACAUUCACCGGCUCGGAGACCAGCACAAGCUCCAGCCUCCAUACAAGAUAGCUGACAGUGGGUAUGAGACGGAGAACCUGGAGUCUCCUGAGUGGAACUCUCUGCCCGACGAUAAAGACCUCUCACCUGUGAAAAAUGGUGACAGCGUAGCUCAAAAGGAAAACGAUACUGAAGAGACAACCUCUUCGACCAAUCUGGUUCUUCCGGAAAUUGUCAUCUCUGAACCCGAGGGCUUAUCGGACGCUCCCGCCGAAAACUGCGACGACGACGCUCCUGUCGAAGAACCGCUCAUUAGCAUUAAUUACAGAGACUCCGCUUACUUCUCAGACAACGAAUCGGAGCCGGAAAAGAAACCCGAAGAAACAAAAGCAGAAGGUUCUGGUGAAGUCAUGUUGCCGCAGAACUCUUCCAAAGUUCCGGUCCCGGUACAGGAAUGUUUGCCAGAAAGUCUUGCAGAGUCUUUAAUACCACAGGAAGAAGGUUCUGCUGCCCUUGAAGCGCAGGGUGACGUUGGAGGAGAACCAGAUCCAUCUCCAGAGAUCCAUUUUGAUGUCAGUGAGAAAGUACCAGAACCUUUAAGCUGGCCCAAUCACGACGGAGACAGAUCAAACUUUUUCAACGACCUACUUGAGUCUCCUGAGCCAGAUCGGCCUUCCCCCACUAGUCCGCUCCCAUCAGCUGAGGACACCGUUCACGCCAAGUUAACCAGGACCUACACCGGGGAGGCCCACAAGAUAAAAGAGCCCGACGUGGAGGGCCGUUACCUGGGCCGGCGGGACGGCCCGGAGGAUGGUAUGGACGCAGACGAGGAGAACGAAAACAGCGACGACUCGGACGACGACGUUCGCACCUACCAGCUACACAGCUCCGGCUCCGACAGCGAGGACGAAGGCCCGCACGUCGUGCCGCUCAUCAUCUCAGACGACAGCAAUGUCAAGAACCUGAGGAGCUUGUUGAAACUGGCCAGCCUCAACACUGAGCUUUCGUCCCCCUCGGCCACGACCACCAGGAGAGCCGUGUCCUUCUUUGAUGAUGUCACCGUCUACCUCUUUGACCAGGACACCCCCACUAAGGAACUGGGCGACCACUCCUCCGGCUCCAAUUUGCACACACCCCAGUUUAGCAGCCCGGCGCCAAGUUCCAGCUACUUGAACCGCUUCACCAACUCCGAGAGCUCCACAGAUGAAGAAGGCGGCGGUUUUGAGUGGGACGACGACUUCCCCUCGGCGCCCGCCUUCCCCUCCAAAGACGCGGCGGCGGCAUCAAAGAGCUCGGCGGCGUCCCCGGCCGUCGCGGCGGCAUCCAGCUGGGGAAGCUCCUCGAACUACUCCCGCUUCUCCAUCUCACCGGCCAGCAUCGCCAGCUUCUCCCUGACGCACCUCACCGAUUCCGACAUCGAACAAGGAGGAAGCAGUGAGGACGGUGAAAAAGACUAGCCUUCGGAUUCAAGGCACUCCACUAGUUAUCACACUAUCAAACACUUGCACUUUUUACCGGAUCGGAUCCAGAACUGGAGAAAGUGGUGGUGGUCCUGACGAGGACGUCGAUUCUCAAGCGCUCCACGUGAAUGUGCAAAAUCCCACUUUUUGGGGGAGGCGAAUGGGCCGAAGCAGGACAUCAUGGAGUGCGUUGAGCGCUUGGCUACUUCCUGCUUUUUCCAAUAACCACAAUGUCACCCCCCCAGAGAAAAAAAAAAGUUUGGGGGGUGAAUUGUGACACUACAGCCAAAUAGGAAUAUUCUCUUGGAAUCCAUCUGGACCUUGUGAUUUCCAGUUGUUUUUUUUUUUUUUCAUAGUCACUGCCAUCGGCCAUUCUCUUUUUGUGAUCUUGAUUUUUUUUGUUUGGCUUUGUAUUCAUGUUCACGAUCUCCUCCUCUGUGGGAAAAACUCUUCUGUAGCCUCUAUGCUUCAAGGCUAUGUCGAUAAAACUAGUGUCCGAUGAGUAACUUUUUUUUUCCCCUCACUGGUACCUAGACCUUAAGGUGAAUAUCAAGGAUACGGAUUAAAUGCUCAAGUGGCUUUAAAAGACACCUUAAGGUCCAGAUACAAGACAAGUACGCGCUUUGUCCUCACGAGUACAAUUCAUCUUAGUCAUACUUGAGUGGAAAACGCAUUGCUAGUAAAAAAAAAAAAACGUUCCACUAGAGCAUUUUUGCAUCACUGGUAACAUGUCGUUCGAGAUACUAGUGUGCUCUUGUGAAUCUACGACUGAGUUGAGGUGUCUUACUAGUGACAAAAAGUUUGUGGGACAACUUUUAGCGUCCUAGUACAACAACUACAAAUUACUGGUGAGGCAAAGCUAGUUGACAACUUUGUGCUACUAGUGAAAGCUUAAAAGUCCAUGUACUAGUGUACUUUUUUUUUUCUUCUCCCCACCCCCAAGCAUUGCAACUCUGACAUGCUCAGAGGAUGUUGUACUAGUGAGGCAAAACUGCAAGGGGGAAAUUUGGUGCUACUAAAUAAGGUCCAGGAGGCUUGUGGAGGCUCGUGUGUGACAUUGGCCAAGCUGUGUUACUAGUGCAGCGCAGGCGGUAUCACCCCUCCCCCACCAACAACAAGACAGUUGUUCUAUCAGGGGGCCCGAGUUGUUUUACUCGUGCACUGAAAUGUACUAGUGAGGACAAUGAAGGUACCAGUGCACUGGAUAUUAAACAUAUGGCCUAAAUGCUCAAACGGUUUUAAGGGCCGCGCACUAGUAUUCUGUCUUCUUUACCCUCUUGCCCUUUGUUGUUGUUUUAGAUCAUAUCCAUGACGUGAGCUCAACUGAUUUUGAGUCGUGACAAACACUGACAUUAGUUUUGUAAAUGGCCCUCUUGAGAUAUCUGAAGGGGGGGGUGGGAAAAAAAGGCUGCUCGCGUGGGUUCGUGGCACUACCAAAUUUUAUUUUUAAACGACCCAAUGCAGAUGUUUGAAGUUUGUAAAAAAAAAAAAAAAAAAAAACAAAAACAACCAAACAAAAAAAUGACCACAGAAAAAACGUGCAAUGACUUUCUACUGAUUGGUGUAGAUGGUUGAGGUACAAACUGACGUUGCGAAGCGCAAGGGGAAAGGAACAGAAUCAAAAUCAACACAACACUAGUCUUUCCCUUGCCUUCAUUUCUUUUUUUUCUUUUUUUUUUGGAAUGACAUUUGAUUUCCUUCUUAUUGUGAUUCCACAGAGAUUAUUUUAUCCCUGGUUUGGCUUGAUUCCCCCCUGAUUUAGUUUUUUUUUUUCCCUUGACUUGCUUUUACUCCCCCCCCCCAACCCCCACUCCCAAUCAAUUUUGUAUUUAAUUUUAUUUUCAUACCCAAAAAAAACCUCAGAUGUGAACGUGUCAGUGUGUUGUAUGUCCUUUUGUCUGGCUGAGUGUGUCGUGUGUGUGUGAGAGUUUGUUUGAGUGUGUGUGUCAUGCGUGCGCGAGUCUGCAUGUGUAUGUCAGAGUGCGUGUGUGCGCGCGCGUGUGUGUGUGUGAGAAUGAAAUCAGGCAUUGUAAAGGAUUCGAUGGGGUUACGUCGCCCUUAUCGCCUCGUUUUGACCUCCAGUUUUGUGUUGACCCUCUCCCAGCCUGACCCCCUGACCUUUUGGUUGAAAGCGGCGGCACGUGCGCCCCCGCAUCCAAACUUGAAGGUUUAUUUAAACUUUGAGCGGACAAGAGUCGUCACCGACGACGUGAGCUUCAUCUUGCACAUUUGACAAAAUGUAACUGACAUGGCAAAGAGCCGCUGGAGCCCAGUGUGGAAGUGUUGCUGAUUUCGGUGGGGGACGAGGUUUGGUUGCGUGAACGUCUCGUAGGGGCAGCUGAUUUUCCAAGCCAAUCACGACGAUGACAACGAUGGAAUCCAAUCGCGCUGUUGUUGAAACGUGUCCAUUUUAAAAGUGGUGAUAUUUUUACUUCACAUUGAUCAUGCGUUCGUGUCAUUGAAUGAGAUGUUUAUAAUUACACUGUUUACUAUGAAAAUAAAUGCAAAGGAACUUCU